UCAGACAGGGCGUGAGGGGCUGGAGCCAGACUGUGGGCUGAGGAGGAGACGUGGCCUUGUAAGUUGGGGCCAGUGAGUUGGGAGGUGUCAGCAAAGCAGACACAAACAAAGCUUUAGAAGACGAGAGAGAGAGACAGAGACAGACAGACAUUAUGGCCACCUUCCCGAGAGCAGCCAGCCCGUCCAGGCAGCCCCCAGGCCCAGAGGAUGAAGACCCCAACCUGGAUGAGUAUGACCUCUACAGCCUGGCUCAUUCUUUCCUGGGAGUGGGAGGCCGGAAAGGUCGCACCAAGAGAGAAGCCGCCGCCAAUACCAACCGUCACAGCCCUGGUGGGCACGAGAGGAAGCUGGUGACCAAGCUCCAGAACACGGAGCGGAAAAAGCGAGGGUCACGGCCCUGAGACAGAACUUGAGAUGAGGUCAGAGCACGGACACCCCACAGCGAUGGAGACAGAACUGAGAGGAAUCAGCCUCUGGGGGCGGGAUCCAGGCCUGCUUGCCCCCACCCCCAGGACUUAGCCCACCUGACUGAGGUUCCGAAGGGCCACCAACGAAGCAGCCCCGGCCCCAGAAAAAAAACAAGAUGGGGAACAAGAGGCAGAGAAUAAAGAGAGGCAGAAUCAUGAAGGUACCCCUCAAAAAGAAAGAAGAAACCAGAGCUCCCCAGGGUGACAGCGACAAUAAACAAAGUACAGCA